AUGGGUUCACCUCGUCCAGUCGAUAUGCAUACGCCUGGACUGCAGAAAACCUCAAGUUCAGUUCCCGAGGUUGAUCGGAUUUCUGGGUUAUUGUCCGCGGGUAUCGUUCAACGGGAUGAUGAUAAAAUUCCACUUUUUCUUCUAAAGCUAUGGAACAUAAUCGAAGAUCCUAAUUUUGGUGAAAUCAUUCAGUGGGAUGAUACGGGAUAUAGUUUUCAUAUACUUGAUCCGUAUUCGUUUUGUAGAAAUGUGUUGCCACAGUAUUUCAAGCACAAUAAUUUAAAUAGCCUUAUACGACAGCUGAACAUGUAUGGAUUUCGGAAAAUGACUCCAAUUGAGAGGUCUGGUUUGGUUCAUGCAGAAAGCGAUCAGGACCACCUGGAAUUUUCUCAUCCUUAUUUUGUUCGUGACCAUCCAGAACUUCUCGUCAACAUCAAAAGGAAAUCUUCUUCACACCGUGCGUCAGAAGUAUCAGCACUUUCGCUACCGACAGAGGACCUUUCACUAAUUUUUGACGAAAUCAGGCAGUUACGGGAGAAGAAUAGGCAGAUGGAGAACAAAAUGAAUCAAAUGGCUAAUGAAAGCCGUGCUGUAUGGCAAGAACUUUCUCGCGUUAGGCAGCAACAAAUGAAACAGCAACAGAUCGUAAACAAGUUGGUGCAGUUUUUGGUAGCGUUGGUGCAGCCAGCAGCUCAGAAGCGAUUGGGGAAGCGAAAUUUGUUAGCUAUUGAUGAGAUUGGCGGUAAAAGAUCGCGAAUUGGAACCUCACCCAAUAAUUUGGCUGAAGUACUUGACCAUUUACAGAGAGAAAUAUCGGAAGGUAAUGCCAACUUCUCGCUUUUCUCCUCUCGCGUCAAUAAUCAUGGACCUAUCAUUGCUGAUGUCACUGACGAACCAGAAGUUGCUCCUGUCGAUACUUCUGUUGGUGUGUCUAGCAAUCCAAUAUCCAGUAAGGGUACUAAUGUUAUGGUCAGUCAGCCUGUGAGGAAAACUUCAGAGGGUAUGGUAAACCAGUCGACGAGACCACUGGAAGUUCAUCCAGCUUCUGUCCUUGAGAAAGAACCUUUGUAUACGAGUGCUUCUAAUUCAUUCAACCAACCUGUUCUGACAUUAUCUCCAUCUAUCGAUCGACAACUUACAGCUGAAUUUGCUGAAUAUUUUACGCAACAGGAACAAGGGAUCGAUAACUGUAGAGAGUUGUUAGGUGCGCAGUGGGAUUUGGCCCUUGACGAUCUUGAAGAUGUCCCGGAACAAGGCGAUCAGCAGUUGAAGUGUGUGCAAAAUUCUCAGCUGAUGUUGGAAGGAAGUGAUCCUUUGCUAGCUUUGUCGGCUCCAUCAACCCCAGAUCUGCUGACGCCAAACGUUAGUCCGAAGAACAAUAUUUUAGAAUAG